UAUCAAAAUGAGGAAGUAGUGGACCUGACAGUUAUGAAAGUGAUACUAGCAGCAGAUCAGAUCAAAUAUGUAGUUCGCUUACUUUCCAUAUUCUUGCACCAGAGACGCAGCAAGAGUCCUGCGAUUGGGGCAAAUGAGAGUCCACCAUGACACAUGAUGGCGUACAACGAGUAACACUUUAUGGCAUCCUUUUUUGCUUUGCGACUGUUAGUGUGCAGGCAACGCGGUCAAAGGCGAAACUCUACAGCAUAUCGGACGAAAUCACAAAUAACCUGAAAUCCGAACACAAACCGGCUGGAUUGGCAGGGUUUGAACCAGGGGACCUUGCCCAAGAUUUCAGAGUGAAAACUCUAGAUGGCGAGUUUGUUUAUCCGCUUCAGAAAAAUGCGAAUUCCUCGGUUAUCAUUCAUGCAUUCACCAAUAAGUCGGCUUUCUUGGAGUGUUUGUGGACAUCCAGUGCGUCUCUCUCAGACUUGGUUCAGUAUUUGCCUGAGACAGCUGAGGUCCUUUUUUUGUCUCUGGACGACUCUGCUCCUCUUGAUGCACUUUGGAUGAGGGAGCAAGUCUAUCGCGCGGCGACAUUCAGGGGGAAAGAAAUUUUGUCCCGACUUCAUUUCUCACCCAUUCCUGUCUACGCGCUGGGGAACUGGAUACCGAGAGUGCUGUACUCUUGGGGAUGCGGCGGACACAACUGUGGCAUCGCCCAGGUGCUUUUCACCUCUCCAGAGUGGAAGAUGCCCGUGGUGUCGAAGCGCCUGAACGCCAGGUAUGACUGGUUGGAUGGUCACUGGGAACCAAAGUCGUACAGUCUGGUCGACGCGGGAAACGGUUGUGAGCCUAAAACCGCGGCUGCUGGAGCUGUUGCCUGGGUGUCUGAGGGCGGCUGCUCUUUUUACACAAAAAUUAAAACUAUGGCUGACUCCAAAGCUGUUGGUGUGCUGGUUUAUGCCUUACCUGGCAACCCUAUUCAGGAUAUGAAUUGUGAUGCAGAGGAAUGUGAGACCCCCCUCAGCAUCCCUGCUUCUAUGCUCCACAUGGAACCUGCUGUAGUGCAGGCCCUGCUAAUGCGGAAACCAGUGAAUGUGUCAUUUCAGGUUACUCCUUCACCAAACGUCUUCAUUGCAAUCAACCAGCAGGGAGAACUGGCAGAGAUGGGCAGGUUCCUUUAUCCCACUUUCAGGUUCCUUAGUUGGCAGGCUCAGUGGUUUGACUUCUUUGAGGACUUGGUGGGGCGCCUGAAGAGGCCGGCCGUCGUGGUGCCCGUGCUGGACGACGCGCUGAUGCAGGGGAAGGCUGGGGCCCAGGCAGUGGUCCAGCUGCCCUCAGCCCUGCAGGAGUACGACACGCUGGAGUUGGACGCGGCGCUCUCCUGCCCUGGUCGGCGGGACGAGACGUGCGCCCAUUGGGACCACACCGUGCAACUGCUCGUCUGCUGCGAACGCUUCAGCCCCUACUGCGACCUGGAACUGGGCCGCUGGAUCACCGCCUUCCGCAGAGGCACAGGGCGCUGGCUGACGGACGUGUCGCCCCUCCUUCCGCUGCUGAGCAGUGAUCGUUGUGCCUUGACCAUGAAGACCGUCCCCUGGGCCAUGCCCUGGAUAGCAUCCCUGAAUCUGCGCUUCAGCCAUAGCGACCGGUCAGUUUGUUCUACAGAAAAUUCCUCAGAUUUGCUUCACCCUUUCAAGCUGACCUCUCUAUACAACGGUGGAACCUUUGACAAAGACUACAACAGGAGAUUCCAGGAGAUCAAAUUUACUAUUCCAGUUUUGGCUAAAAAGGUGGAGCUGUAUGCUGUUAUCACAGGCCAUGGGAGUGAUGAGAAUAAGUGUAGUGAAUUCUGUGUAACGUCGCACUACUUUCUUGUCAACAACAUGUACAACAAUUCUCUAACAUUUGAAUCAGCUGGGUCAGCCCUGGGCUGUGCCCUGCGUGUGGGUGAAGGGGCAGUGCCCAACGAGCACGGCACAUGGCUGUACGGGCGUGGGGGAUGGUGUGACGGCCUGCAGGUCGACCCAUGGAGGGUUGACAUCACGCCACAGCUUGACAUGGGCGGGUCCAACACCAUCCUGUACUUUGGUCUCUAUGAGGGACGGAACCCCAGUCCAGUCAAGGAUCCAGGGUACAUUAUAAUGUACUCCUACCUUGUUUUUUAUAAGUGAUUUCUAAGAUAAACGUACAUUUGAAAGAUUUAUUGUGUGUCAGACUCAUGAUUAAAGACUGCUAUCUCAGAA